AUGAAUUUUGUAUCUGUGUUCCCUGUGAGCCUCUGGCUAAUUGCAGCGGGCGCUUUCGCUAUCUAUCAUGCCAUCCGUGCUAUCUAUUUGAUCUUCUUCAGUCCGCUGGCCGCUUUUCCAGGUUCACCAUGGGCCGCUUUGGGAGAAUACUGGGAAGCCUAUUGGAAUAUCGGGCUCAGCCCCGGCCACAAAGGACAGACGUUGUUUAAGCUCGAAGAGAUGCAUAAGCGCCUAGGACCUGCAUUGCGCAUGGGUCCUAAUGAGGUGCAUAUCUACGACCCAGCUUUCUACCACGAGCUGUACCGACCGGGUAGUCGGUACUACAAAGACCCCUCGAUGCACAAGGUUCUCGGAGCGCCGUCGAGCACGCUGGCCGAGAGUGACCCAGUGCGACAUAAGCAGCGAAAGGCGCCACUAGAGCCUCUGUUCUCUAAAAAGAACAUACUUAGCCUCGAGCCAAUGCUGAUGAAGCAUGUUGACCACUGCUCACAGCGAUUUGACGAGACCUUCGCUCAGGGAAAGCCUGUCUCAAUGGAAUGGGCGUUGAAGUCUCUGGCAAUGGAUAUGGUUUCUCAAUUUGCCUUCGGUCAAUCCCUCGACGCCCUUUCUGAUCCAGAGUUCAAGUCGCUCCCUGUACGUGUCUUCCAGCAAUUUCUACCUAGUCUACAUGUGAUAAAAGCUUUUCCUUUUGUGCGACUGCUCAGCUCGCUGCCUUUGUGGAUUGCGAAAAGAAUCUCACAUUCUGUUGAGAUGGGCCACGAGUUGGAACAGUUUGCAACUCGCCGCAUCGACGAGUAUAUCGCCGCGGCAGCAGCGGGGAAAACCCCUACCUUCCCCACACUCAUGGAGCGUAUGCUCAUUCCCCUUCCCGAGAAGGGCUAUGUAGUCCCUGAUAAACAAGGUCUUCGUGACGAGCUUCUUACUGUGAUCUCCGCUGGGGAUGACACCACCGGAAUUGCCAACACAGUCACCCUCUUCAAUAUCUUCAAUGAUCGUACAAUACAUGACCGUCUGCUGGCGGAGCUGAAAACUCUUAUGCCGAAGCCUAAUUCCCAUGUCUCAUAUCUUCAGCUUGAGGCACUGCCAUAUCUGACAGCCGUGAUAAAAGAGGGCCUCAGAUACUCCUCUCCCGCAGCCUCCCGCACUCCCCGUCUCGUUCCCCCAGGCGGUGUCCGCCUUCCGGACGGUCGCUUCAUCCCAGCGGGAACCCGGGUCGGGAUGGCCAUCUACCAUAUCCACUACAAUGAGACAAUCUUCGAGAAUCCCCGCGUGUUUGAUCCACAGCGUUGGCUGCAAGGGCCAGAGGUGGCGGCGGAGAGAGCUAAGUUCCUGGUCCCGUUUUCACGAGGGAGUCGGUCUUGUCUGGGAAUAAAUCUUGCGUAUAUGGAGAUGUACAUGGCCAUCGCGUAUAUUGUGCGCCGAUUCGAUUUGGACCUCGUAGGGACAAUUGUGGAGGAUAUGAAAUGGGAUGAUAUGGUUGUGCCGCAGUUCCAUGGAGAGUUCCUGGCGUUGACUAAACGGCGGCAGGAUUAG